UCGUGUGAAGCAAUUAAUGACUGUCCAGGUAACACUCCCACGUUCAGUGAGCAACCGAGGCAUCUCCUGCAUCAUCUCACCCUGCAUCUGAUGGUGGGAGUCUGGCACUAUAACAUGCAGGACGCGGUUCAGUGGGACAAUGUAUCGCCGCGCUGACCACUGACGGACGCAGGGGGAACGAUGUGGGGGUCGAGUGACGGAGGAUACGGUCUGCUACUCCUGUGGCUGUUUGGACUGGGAGGGACUACCGGUCUCAGCUGUUACUCGUGUUCCGGUUCCGGCCCAAACACGUCGUGCGAACAUGAUGUGAAGGCGAUGAUGACGUCUAGGGUCAACUACGGCGGCGUCUACAGCAAGGACUGCGACCUUGAGAUCAACCAGACCAUGUGCGUCCUCGAGACGACGACUACAGAUGGUGAAUUGAAGACUAUUAUCCGCGGAUGCAGCAACGGCUACAUCUUUUCCUACACGGACAUCAAGUUGUUCUCCGGCCUCAGUCCCACCAACCAGACCACGUGCGCCGUCAACAUGGGGCUGAUCGUGUGUUUGACGCUGUGUCAACAGAGCUAUUGCAACGGUCCUCAACACUUCGAGCCCUCAACGACGGCGGACAUAACGACUACUCACAUCGUGUUGCGGAUUGUUGUGAUUAUUGUGUGCAUGUACGGCAACAUUCUCUGAGUUGGGCUACAUUCACGAUAUGUUAUCCACAAUAUAUACCCCAAGGGGCGGGGAAUAAAAAAUCUCGGGAUUACGUGUGGAGGUGGUCAGUAUUAUCUGGAACGCCACAGGUCCAGCAUCCGAGUCAGGUUUAUGACCACUGAUGAGGCAGACGCGAGACGUCGAGUCACGUGAUCCAUGACGUGACCAGCACCUGCGCAAUGUUCUGACGCCAGUCAAACUGGGCAACUCGCCAACAAACUAGUGUCCGGGUAUUUUCGGUUUAUCAUACCUACGAAUGUUUCCCAGUGUGUGUUUACAGAUAUCUUUUCCUGGGUGUGUCUGUUAAUCACGAUGUUGAUGAUCAUCGGUGCUAGCCAAAGUCCUGUUUUGGAAUUGUGAUCAUGUUUAAGCAAAUGACAUUGAAUCUGUUUACACCUGUACAUAAUUUCAAACUGUGAGUGAGUGAGUGAAUAUAGGUUUACACCGUUUUUAGCAAUAUUCCAGCAAUAUCAUGGCAGGGGA